GUGGAGCAUUGAUACCUGUUGCGCGUUCACCUUUUACUGCUUGCAUAUCCGAAUCGCGGUUGCCGUGCUUUGCUUUCUUUCGUGGUUGUGACUGAAGAACAUCGAGCUUUUGGCAGACUCAGAAUCGUCGGGGACCAGUGGACGAUCAGUGCGGGUUUUUGGUUUUCAUUUCUUUGGAGGGAUACACUGUUGGUUUUCUUGGAAGUGAGGAUAUUGAUUUCAUUAUUUGAAGAGAGAUACACAGUUUCACCCAGACGCUUACCACAUAUCGACCCACAAAUCCAUAUUUGAUGAAUUACACGAAGUAUGGUUAAUCUAAGUGGUGGCGUAGUCUGGUGUUACAGAGACAACAAAUGGAUCCCACUACAACUUUCGUCAAUACGCCUACACGGCGUUCUCACCCAAGCCCAUUGGACCGCCAUAUCCGAGUUCCUUCGAAGAGUCGCCAACAAGGAGCUCAUCUUACAAGAUAACUGCUUCACAGAGCUCACAGAGAAACACAAGCAGUUGAUGCUUCAGCAUCUAGAUGACAAUAAAGCACAAAACGAAAAUGUGAUAAACCUAGUUAAUGAAAGGAAGGUGAGUUUGGGCCAGAUUCCAGAAGACAAGAUCGUGGAGCAUCCUCGACGACCUUCUAUGCCCGAAUUGAGGUCAAUCGAUAGAAAUAAUUUAUUUAUUGAUAAUUUAUUAAAGUCAGAGACUGAUGAUAGAAAGACUGAUAGAGUAUCUAAGGAAAACGACGAGAUCGUAUUGAGGUUGUUGAAGAAGUACUUGAAGUACAGUAAGGAUGCCUUAGACAAUGAGAUUGUUAGUGCCAUAGAAAAUAUCCCUGAUGAAGAGGUGUUGAAUAGAUCAAGAAAAAUGAGUACUAUAGAAUUUGAACAUCCCAAGUCGAGGAAGAUGAGUACAAUUGAGCUUGAGCAUCCUAUAUCCGAAGAAGUAAGACAUAGGAAUAGGAAGAUGAGCUAUGUGCCUAAAGAAGAAAAGAUUUACGAGAAUCUAAAUGAGCCUUUAGACUCGCUUGAGGAAGACAAUAAUAGGACUGAGCAUAUAAUACGAUGGCUGAAACAACAAAACUCACAAAUUUCUUUCGACAACAUUCCUACCAGAAGACACUCAGCGAUAGAAAUGCCGAUAUCCUCACCUACAGAUAGUCGCAAAAGUAGCCUGGCUGACAGGAAAUCGUCCUCUUCAGGCUUUGAGUCUAGGAAAUCUAGUUUGACAACCCCCUCAACUCCUGAAAGCAGGAAGUCAUCUUGGUGUGACAGUACAGGGGCCAGUCGGAAGAGCAGUGUUGGUAGUAACAGCAGUGGUUCAGAAUGUGAUGAAGGAGAUAAUGGAGGGAGCCUCAGCCAAUGGCAGCGGUUUCUGAGGAAGCACGUGAGUCCCAAGAACUCUGAACGGCGGCUGAAGAAACAAUGGCAAGCUUGGAGUAGGAAUAGGAGGAAGCUAAGUUCGUCUUCAGAUUCAGCUGUGGGGGAUCUUGUCAGCCAACCAUGGUACUUCCGUAAAAUAAAACGUAUUGAAGCCGAAAAGAAGUUGCUGUUGCCCGAAAAUGAACACGGCGCUUUCCUUAUCAGGGAUUCCGAGAGCAGGCACAACGAUUAUUCCUUAUCAGUUCGAGACGGUGACACCGUGAAGCACUACCGAAUCCGACAACUAGACGAAGGUGGUUUCUUUAUAGCACGAAGAACAACGUUCAGGACGUUGCAAGAACUGGUGGCGUAUUACAGCAAAGAUGCAGAUGGACUGUGUGUCAAUUUAUGCAAGCCUUGCGUGCAGGUGGAAAAACCUCAACCCGAGGGUCUAUCACAUCGUACACGUGAUCAAUGGGAAAUUGAAAGAUCCUCCUUGAAAUUCAUUAGGAAAUUAGGGCAUGGCCAGUUCGGAGAAGUAUGGGAAGGGAUGUGGAAUAACACUACACCAGUGGCCAUCAAGACACUCAAGCCUGGUACUAUGGAUCCUAAGGAUUUCCUUGCCGAGGCUCAAAUAAUGAAAAAGCUGCGCCACGCCAAGCUGAUUCAGUUGUACGCCGUAUGCACAGUAGAAGAGCCAAUCUAUAUCAUCACAGAGCUGAUGCGUAACGGUUCUUUGCUAGACUAUCUCCAGGGCAAGGGGAAGGGCCUGAAGCUGCAGCAGCUCAUUGACAUGGCAGCGCAGAUUGCAGCUGGUAUGGCCUACCUCGAAUCGCAGAACUACAUCCACAGGGAUCUAGCAGCCAGAAACGUGCUGGUGGCCGAUGGCAAUGUUGUCAAGAUUGCUGAUUUCGGGCUGGCCAGGUUGAUCAAGGAGGAUGAAUAUGAAGCAAGAGUUGGAGCGAGAUUCCCUAUCAAGUGGACAGCACCGGAGGCGGCAAACUACAGCAAAUUCUCAAUAAAGUCUGACGUCUGGUCCUUCGGUAUACUUCUUACUGAAUUAGUUACAUAUGGAAGAAUACCUUAUCCUGGAAUGACAAACGCCGAGGUGCUGCACCAAGUUGAGCACGGCUACCGCAUGCCCGCACCUCCUAACUGUCCGCCCGCGCUCUACGAGAUAAUGCUGGAGUGCUGGAACAGGGACCCGAUGCGCCGACCCACCUUCGAAACUCUCCAAUGGAAAUUGGAGGAUUUUUUCACCAUGGAGGGCUCCGAGUAUAAGGAAGCGUCAGCGUACUGAGGCCACGCCCACCCCCCAGCUGAUUGGUUGCGCAACUCCCUUGAGGUGCACUACCACUGAUGACGGGGCGGUGGAGAAGAGUAUCAUUAUGCGUGUUGGACAUUAGGGUUGAUGUGAUGACGCCGUACUUUUUUAGUUUCUUAUACCAAUCAAUGCUUUUCAUUCACUUUUGUCUUUGGUCGUGGGUUUAAAUGAUGAUUUGUUUUCCGUUCGGUCAGCAUCGGCUUUUUUGGUAGGUAUAGCAUUUAAGACGGUAUAUUGCAGUUUCAAAAUGGUCUCUUAUUUCGUUUAAAGAUUUAUUCCAGGAAUGGUCAUCUGUCAUUCUAAUUUAUAGCUGGAUGUUCCAAUGUAACACCUGAAACUUAUCCUGCCGUUUUCAUGUCGAUAAUCCCCCAUGCUUGUCUGGUCAAUAAAACCAUAUUUAUUUAAAAUUCUUGUUUAAUGUAUACGUCUCCGUUACAAGUAUGACCUUCAGUAUAGUCAAAAUCACGAAAGAUGACUAUUACGUCAUACCAUAAAUUAUACUGAAGUAAUCAAUGGAGGUACGUCGAUGAAAAAAUCACGAUGUCAAGAUAAUGACAACAAAUUUAUAUUAUGAUUUUGCAAAGUUAGGUUAUUUCACUGACUAUUUUUAUUUUCAAUUCAUUUCAUGGUUUUGAGCGAUAUCUUAGUAAUAAGUUUAGUGGGGAGUUUUUGUUUUGAAAAAAAAAACAGUUAUGAGUACAAUACCUUAAGACAGGAACACCAAAGACCAAAGUAUCAUUCGAAAAUAACCUAACCUGCUUUAACAUAACCUAACUAUCCAUCUGUCAAAUAUGAUCGAUCAUGCAUCAUGAAAACAUCGUCUAUCUUUGUCGGAUACACGAAAAUUAGCAAUACAGUUUGUCUAGACAAUAAAAUUCUGUUUGUCUCUGUCUAACAUAUCUGAAACUUCAUUAAAAAUAUUCACAAAUCGCUAUCGUUUGUCUUUACUACAGACUAAAUUGAUGACGUAAUCGUCAUCUUUCGUGAUUUCGACUAUACAUGACACUUUUUUGACAAUAUUCUAUUUAUCUGUCUUCCAAAUGACACUUCGUUUGUUUUUUCGUUUUCAGAUUCCUAUAUAGUGUGUUAUUAUGAUGGUCUAAAAGGUCCAUAACAUAUACAUUAAAGUAGAACUUUAAAUGCAUGUGGUUUCAUUGGCCAGACAACCAUGGCCGAUUAAAGAUAUUUCAACAAAAAAUUUAACUGUAAUCCAACGCCAAUUGACAAGGAAGUAGUGUUUCGCAAAAAAAUCAAAAUCGACAUAUCUUUUUGGAUAUCAAAUAGUACUUUAAACAAUAGUUCAUUUUGUCUUCCUAUUGAUUGGAGGAUAAAUGGACGGCGAUUUAGUUCAUUGUAAACUAGCUCCACUGCUUAUUUCUUGUAGCCAGAAAUCUGUUGAAAAUUGCAAAUGCAUAUAUACCACAAAUGUAAGAAUUUUGUGUAGGCAAACAGAAAGUGUACUGAAUGUAUACAGAUUCGCCUCUUCAAUUUUCACAUUUUAUCUGUUUGUGUAGAUAAUGUUUUAUGUUUUUCGCCCCACUCACUAUCUCUUCUCAAGGAUUGCAAUAUUCAUAUUUUCAUUGGUCUCCUAUUAUCCUAAAUUCACCGUUUUUUAUACUUCAACUACCACGAAUGCCUAAGGUCUAAACACCCAUGGGGUACCAUGGGGCUAUAGGGGGAUACAGGGGAAAGGGGAAACGCCUCACGGACUCUGGCGACUAAACACGUGUGCAUGCAACAUGCACACAUUCUGGCUCCGCCUACGAGAUCCGCCGGGUGGUACCUCUGCAUUCGACAGUCAGAGUCCGUCUACCACCUACGGACAAUCACAACAUCCAUAGAAAAGGGAAAAAUUACCCCAGCCUUUCUGAAGGAGAGAUAAGAGUGUGGAAAUCGAGGAGGCCAUAAACGCGUCCUACAAUUGAGGCGCAAAAGUAACAAAGAUGCUAAGUGCCAAUAUUGUUAAAGAGAGAAGUUUAAAAAAACCUUCACAUACAAAAACAAAAAACAUUUUAUUUUCAAAUAAUUAUCUAACAUAUUGUGUACCUUAAGCCUGAAUAUGCUUCUACAAAGAUAAUAGAAAAAACGCAAACUUGAAAAUAAAAAAAAUAAUAAUUAGGAAACAGGCUAAGUGCCAGUAUAUUAUUUGUUUAAAUUAUAUAUAUAUUAUAUAAGGGUUGCCUCGUGUUGUCACCGACCUUAUUUAUGUCUGGCAGCUGGUUAAUUGAGAUAUUUUUAAGAUCUUCCAUGGUUUUUCCUCUUUUAAGUGUAUCAGAGUUGCUUUCCAAGGUGCUACUUCAGAGAAAGAUUCAGCAUUAAACAAAAAUCCAGAUUGUAGCAAGUCAACUUUCAAACGUACAACUUUGCUAAUAUUCACUUGUUUCAGAUUUAAGAGCUUGUCGACUACCGCUUGUACACCAAAAAAAAUUUCAGUAACAUAUCUACUAUUUCAAAUCGUCCUCUGUGUGUACUUGAGAGUAUUACAUCGUGUAAGGCCUCAGGUUCCAUUGGAGCGCACUUGCGCUUUCGUUUCUCAAUCAAGGCGAAGUCCUUGUCACUUGUCACUUGUCGCUUCAAAUAAUAAUGUAAUGCCCAUAUUUAGGACGCGUAAUAAGCCUUUGUCUUUGUUUUCAUUGUUCAUCACUUAAUCUUCCAAAUCUCUGUUUGCGACGUCCUGAAUUCAUUUUGAAGUUUACAAUAAUGACAACAGUAACUGUACUGCACUAGUUUUGUUAGAUUCUAGCAAAGCAUUUGAUACUAUAAAUCAUGACGUUCUGAUUGCAAUACUUGAAUCAUGUGUGGUAUUAGGUCAUAAUGAAUCGUUAUUCGAAUCUUACCUUAGCGAUAGAAUGCAACGUGUGAAGAUCAAUAAUAAUCUCUCGCGAGUAAGGACAAUAAAUCAAGGGGUGCCGCAGGGUUCGAUACUCGGACCGCUAUUAUUCAGGCUAUAUACUAGUCAGCUCUCCAAAUCCCUUGAAUACUGUAAGCCUCACAUGUAUGCAGAUGAUACUCAAGUGUGCCUUUCAUUCCUUGGUGAUGAUUGGCCAAUGGCGGAGUUUAAAAUGAAUUCUGAUCUUGACGCUCUAUUUAAAACUUCUAAUGAUCAUUCAAUGUCACUGAAUCCAAAAAAAUCAGCAGCAAUAAUUUUUGGGAAAGAACGGUCAGAGAUAAUGAACAAUAUGACGCUACAUAUAGAUAAUGUUCUAAUACCGUUCUGCGAUUCUGUUAAAAAUUUUGGUCUCAUAAUAGAUUUUAAGCUCAGAUUUAAAGAGCAUAUUUCAAAAUGUAUACAAAGAGCGUAUUAUGCACUCAAGCUGCUUUACCCUCAUAGACACCUUCUUAGCAGAGACAUCAAACGAAUGCGUUGGUUUUGUCCCAGUUUUCGUAUGGUGCUCCUGUCUAUUAUCCAUGCUUGGAUGCUGAUACGAUAUCUAGAAUUCAGCGUGUUCAAAAUUCAUGUAUAAGGUACAUUUUCGAUAUAAGGAAAUAUGACAGAGUUAGUCAUAGGCUGAAGGAUUUACAGUGGUUGAACAUGAAACAGCGUUCAGAACUAUUAACACUAUGUUUCUACAAUAAUAUUUUGUCGAGCAAGUCACCGGUAUAUUUGUAUGAAAAAGUCAUGUUUAGAGAAAGUCUUCAUUCUGUCAAUGUUCGUUCGAAACAGAAUAUUUCUGCUCCAUUCCAUCGAACAUGUUUUUUCGAACGUGGCUUCUCUUACAACAUCUAUAAAUUAUACAACUCCACCCCCCAGCAAAUCAAAAAUAUGAAAGGUUGCAAAUUCAAGGCAGCUCUGAGAUGAUUCCUUUUAGAUAAGUAUAAUUAACUUCACUGAUAAUACUGUAACAUUUAGCUGUUUUGGAUGAAUCUCAUGAUUAUAUGAUGGAAUAUUUUCAGUUUUAUAUUUUCAGUGUUAUUUGUUUUUUUGUACUCAUGCUUUUUUUUCUGCUCUCAUAUAGUUAGUAGUAGUCAUGUAACAGUUGAUAUCACUAUUUUAAAAAACUCCCCCUUGAGAUUCGAGAGCAAUUAUUCCUAUUUGUGGAACACUAUUUUUGUAUGCAUCUCUUCGAAUAAAGCCAUUUAUUAUUAUUAUUAUUAUUAUUAUUAUUAUUAUUAUUAUUAUUAUUAUUAUUAUUAUUAUUAUUAUUAUUAUCUACAGUCGUGUGGUACGAAACGGUCGGAUUUACUUAAACAAAAUGAACACAAACAUGCGUGCUACGGCACUUGACUCCUUUCAUCUGAAAAUAACCGAGCACUUACAGAAAGCGCCACCUAUAUGUUCGAUUUGUACGGAAUUUUAGAGUCCUGGCAUUUUGUCCGUUUUAUAGGAUAUGGUCGAUGACACAUAGAACCUUUCUAUAGAAAUAAUUCAUUUUUCGGUAAACUGGCACUUAGCCCCUUUGUUACUUCUGCGCCUUAAUUGUAGGAACGACUAACGAUAUGGCCCUCACAGAAGCAUUUUGGAGAAUAGCGGGAAUACAUGUCUCUUUCCGCCUCGUUAAACAUCACUGCACAAAGGGAGACUUUUCAACAGUUCUGCACACUGUGCAGUGCACAGGUAACUAAAUAACUGAUUUCCGACUAUUUAUAUCAAAGAUUUACAAGAAAUAACAAAAAAUAGAGGAUCCAAUUUAUACAGAACUAAAUGAUAAUCCGCUUGUGGUUGUGCGUUCGUGUGUGCGACACAUCUGGUAAUCCUUGGGUACCUCGGGGAGUACUGCGCGGUUCAAUGGAAUUUUGACACAUUUCAAGGAUGAAAAAUUUGUUUGAAAAUGUUCUCGAUUUUUCAAUUAUCUUUGUGCACAAUAGAAAGAACUAGUUUGGGGUAGUCGUAAAUUGAAAAAGAAAUAUUUUGUUUUUGGAUGUCUUCAAUUUGCGAAUCAUUUUUUUGUGAAUUAACGUUAAACACUUUCAUAUGCCUAAAAUUUCAAAUAGAUUUACAUAUGCAUACAUAUAUAAAUGCGUAGGGAUGGCGCGUACCUGAGCAUCUGCAUGGGCCCUGGUGCGCUCAUUACUUGCCACAAGGGGAACUCCACUGCUUUGCAGAGGUUCUUAAGUAUGCGAUAUGGGAGGUACUAACUCAAUGUACUUUUAGACCGGAUGAUGAACAACGACCAACGGACCAAUUUCCUGAAAAAGAAAGAUAUCGGCAUUUUCAGCUCUCAAGUUUUUAUGAUCACAUACUGGUUUUUUAUACAGUUAUUUCCUGCCUUAAUUAAUAUUAAACAUUUCGUUUAAUAUCAAAUUCUGUAUUCAAGUAGACGUAUAUGAGAUUUAAAUCAUCAAGGAUUUUUGUUAUUUUUAACCUUUGACCUUUUUAUGUAUCAAUUUUAAAAGUACGGCUUUCAUUGUACAAAUGUAAUGCGAUGUAAAAUGCACGUCAUAUUUGGUUGUAACCAAAAUAAUAGUCUUGGAGUUUGUAUACUAUGGCAUCAAAAUAUUUAAAUUCAUGUAAAAUUAACUUUAUUUACCUAAAUUUAGGUAUAUUGUAUUAUUAAUUAACCAACGCAGUUUCUGAUGCAACAGCCAUGGUGGAAAUGAGCAGGAACCAAUAACAAUGUACACAUGUUAUAUUUAUGGGCAUCAUAGAUAUUGCAGUAAAUAUUUUAUUUGAUUAAAAUGUAGCCUAACGUGUAACCUUUUCUUAGAGUCAUUUUAAUGUGUGGUACAUACUCCUGGACUCAUGAUAUGGCCAGUGCGUUUUUGUUAAAUUUUGAAAACAUCACGUUGUAGGGAGAUUGAUUGUGAAAUACGUUACGUUAGAUACUUUAUAAACUCUCCUUUGUAUUAGGCAUGUGAAUCAGCAAGAAAUAACCCGUUAAGUUCUGAAACAGGGUCGUACUGACUGCAUGUCGGCGCCGACAUGAGAGGCCGUCUGAGACAGUAGUUAAUAUUGGCACUAGAAACUCGGCGCUUUACGAGUAAGAACCGUCGAGGAACGAGGACGGAGGACGUUUUAAAACGGCCGUUAAAGUCGAAAGAACGGUGGUUUUUCGAGUAUCGCCCGAACGAUUUCCGUCAUUUCUCAAAAUUUUGACUCGACAUCAACAAUGAUGGGCCUUUCGAAUUUUCCGGGACCGCUUUUGAUCCGCAUCUUAGGUUUUUUCUAGAAAAUUUUCAAAGAAAAAGCCUAUAACUUCUCUACUUCAAAAAGAAAAGAAAUUUCGCAUAUCCCAUUUUGUACUUCUCGACGAAUACUAUAAAUUACCGAGAAAGUUUUUUCCGUUUAGGGCACCCGUUUCGAAUAAACAAUUUUCAAACGUCGGAAUAUUGGCCUUUUUGGGUGUCAAACGUGCUGUUCGGUAUUCAAUUUCUAUCUCCUCCGAAGAUAACGGAGCUACGAACCUAACAAUUUUUGCGUGAGAAAGCCCAGACAUCGGACAUUCGGAAGGCGUUUUUUUUUUUUAUUUCCAUAUUCCUUUUCGUUCAAAAGCUUCGAUUUUUUUUUUAAGUUUCUUGAUAAAAUGCCUUUUUUCGAAACAUGAUCCUCUUUGCUUUCGAUUUUUUCAUACUUUCGAAUGUUAAAGUUAUUGUUGUCCAGAUGACCCUAUUUUAGGAAUUAUUGACAAAAUUGUACAGAAACCUGUAAAGUUGAGAUAUAAGCAUGUGGUUAGUUAUACUGACAUCCAGCACAAACCUGGCUGGCUAUUAAAUUGUUCCACUUGAUAUUGGCACAUGUAAGCAAUUCAUUUCGGUGCUAUAUCAACUGUCGGUGUGUCCUUGUUUUAGACUGAAGUACUUCAACCAUGGAGCCUGUAUAACCAGGAGAAACUAUGCUGUAAAACCGACACCGAAACAACGCCUGGACUAACAGUGGUGCUUUCGCAGGGUUGCCAUGUUGGGAAAUUUUCGUCCAACUUUGGAGGUUUUUUACUUGAAGAAUUUUUUGGGGAUAUAAUUUUCUUGGAGAAUCACACGUUUUGCGGAUAGAAAGCAUCCCUCCACUCUUUGAAUCAAACCUGCCCCUUUCCAUUUGGAGAGGUUUUUGAAAAAGUAGCAAUUCUUAGGGAUUUUUGUGUGUUUUUAUUGGGAAAUUCCGUCAGACCUAUCUGACAACGGUGUGCUUUCACAGAUCCGCCAUAUGAACACUUUCUAAGAUCCGGCUGUCCAUGGUGGAUUUAGCAGCAAAGAUAUCAGCAAGCACUACCGCCUUAGCCUUUGAAUCGGUUAUAAUCGUUCCAUCCUUGCAGGUAAGCGGGGGAAGAGAGACCGACUGCCAUUGCGUUGCGACAUUACCCUGUGCCUAAUUUUUACAUCGUCCUAGUCUUUGGCAUUGUGAAAUGCUUUGUUCGGCUUGUCUGUUUUCCUCAGUGGGGUUUUGCAAGAAGGUUCUGUUUAUCUUGAUAUUCUACCGAGGAGCAGUGUCGCACAGUUUGUUGAACCAGCCGUUGGAUCCUGAUUUAGUCACUCACUGUAUGAAGAGACGCAGCCGGGUCAGCGAAAAAAACAUAUUUGCAAGAAAAGGUGAGCAAAAAGCCUCUGAGCCCUUCCCAGUCGGCAUAUCCAUAAUGCCAAAUUUUGCGGCCUAGACUAGUUUAUGCUACCGUAGAUGGUUCUGACCUGCCUGGUAAAGGCAACCCUGCUCUAAUCUAUUUUACUAUUAUUUGUCACUCAUAAAAAUCAAGUUUUAUAAAAAAAAAACAUACCAGCAGAUUCAGGCUGCCGGAUCUGAUACUAUAACCUCCGCUUCGAUCAGCCGUCAAGUUUUAGGGUUGUUUUUUUGCUCAUUUCUCCUGGUAUAUAAGCUACAUGUACAUCAGUGAUGAACCAUUUUAUUUGCAGAUAUUUUAUCAUGUUUUUCAUUCUAUGAAUUCGGUGGAAUUUAGAUUCUACGCAUCGCUCUUAUCAUCAUUGUACAGUAUUCAUUCUAAGCUUAUAUGUCAUUUAUAUGAAAAUGAAAAAAUGUUGAGCAGACAUUCUUAUGCGCACAAAUCUUAUUCGACUGCCAAAUUGGAAUUUGUUAGCUCAGUAGAUGAUACCAUCACAGUGCACAAAUCUCAUGCAAAGGUGUACUGUGAACUCUAACAUUUCGUACACCCAUCUAUUUACAUAGUUGUUUCUUCGAAGAGUUGAAGCAAAAAAGCCAUCGUUGCAAUAUCUUUGACACGACUUGCAUAUCAUCCACUGCACUAAACAAAUAUUAACCUUUUAGCUGUAUACAAAAUCGAAUUGAACGUUGGAGUUUAUACAGUAUGACUGUGGUUUUGAAUACUUCAAUUAUGGCUUACCACAUUCCCCUAAUAAGUCGCUUUUUUGUUGAAUUGUUCAUGACCAAUUUUGUGAAAUGUAAUAGUCGAGCGAGAUAAAAAUGUUAUUUUUAUGAUCAGACAAUAUGCUGAAGAUAUUUUUUUAUUCUGCGUCUGUCUCCAUUGUCUUUAUACAUUCAUUUAUGUUAAAUCUUUUUAAAAUAUUGUUUAUACAAUUAUAGAACACA